AUGUCGGCCGUCACCACUAGCAACGCGGCUGCUGCCGCCACCUCUUCGUCGUCGUCGGCCAAUGCACAAGCACCCAAGCCGGCCGUGCAGGCGUCCGAGGUGGGCUGGCUGUUCGUCACGCAGUACUACACCUUCCUCAACCAGAACCCCAGCCGGCUGCACUGCUUCUUCACCAAAAAGUCCACCAUGGUGCACGGCACCGAGCAGGAGGAGUCGUCGCCGUGCUUCGGCCAGCAGCAGAUCCACGACAAGAUCACCAGCCUCAACUUCAACGACGCCAAGGUGUUCGUGAGCAACGUUGACACGCAGAGCUCCGCCUCGGGCGGCAUCCUCGUCCAGGUGCUCGGCGAGCUCAGCAACAACGGCGCAGGAUGGCGCAAGUUUGCACAGACCUUUUUCCUCGCCGAACAGCCCAACGGAUACUAUGUGCUCAACGACAUCUUCCGCUACCUCAAGGACGACGAUGAGAUCGAGGCCGAGGCCGAGGCCGUGGAUGAGGCCAUCCAGGACGAGAUCGACCAGGCCGACAAGGAUGGCGUCGUCGUGCCGCACCAGCUCGAGAUCACCAACAUCACCGCAACCAACGCCGUCCCCAGCCUGCCCGCGCCCGCGUCCAAGGCGAUCGAGACGGCUCCUCAGACCGACGAGGCUGCCGCACCCGCUGCCGUCGACGAGGCCGUGGCCACCUCGAGCGCCGCCGAGCCCACUCCGGCCACCGCUGAGGAGGUCGGCGUCGACAAGAAGGUGACCGCCGUCGAGGCCGACGCUGCUCCUGCCGUGCCCAAGGGUGUCAAGGACGCUGCUGCCGCCGGCGCUUUUACUGCUGCGCCCGCCGCCGCCGCCGCCGCCGCUCCUGCCAAGGCCGAGACUCCCGCUGCUGCGCCCGCCGCCGCCGCCGCCCCCGCCGCGCCGUCUGGCCCGCCCAAGCCCAAGACGUGGGCCACUCUCGCCGCGUCGGACGCCACGCGCUGGGGCUCCAACGUCUCCGCCGAGGCCAAGGGCGUCUCGUCUUCGCGCCCUGCCCCCACCCCCGCUGCGGCAGCUGCCAAGCCCGCGGCCAAGCCUGCGUCGAACGGCGCUUCGUCGGCAGGUGCGGCUUCUGCAUCGGUGUACAUCAAGAACGUGGUGGCGGAGCACGUGAGCGAGUCGGCGCUGCGCCAGGCGCUCGAGGCGUUUGGCACGCUCAAGGAGCUCACGAUCAAUGCGGCGCGCUCGUGUGCGUUUGCCGACUUUGCCACCGUGGACGCGGCGCGCAAGGCGGCCGCCAAGGGCUCGCUCGCCGUGGGCAAGGAGUGGACCGUCACAGUCGAGGAGCGCAGGAAGCCCGCGGGCGCUGCAGGUGCGGCUCGCGGCGGCAGUGCCGGUGCCGGUGCGGGCAGGGGUGGUGCGGGCGCAGGUAGGGGCGCUGCGCGUGGCGGUGCGCCUGGUCGUGGUGGUGCCGCUCGUGGCCGUGCUCCCGCCAGCUGA